AUGAGAUCUAAAUUCAAGGACGAACAUCCCUUUGAAAAACGCAAGGCUGAAGCUGAAAGAAUUAGACAGAAAUAUCCUGACAGAAUUCCGGUCAUUUGUGAAAAAGUUGAAAAAUCGGAUAUUGCAACAAUUGAUAAAAAGAAAUAUCUUGUUCCGGCUGAUCUCACAGUUGGACAAUUUGUUUAUGUGAUUCGUAAACGAAUCAAAUUAAGCCCGGAGAAGGCAAUCUUCAUCUUUGUAGAUGAAGUUUUACCUCCAACUGCUGCACUUAUGUCCAGUAUCUAUGAUGAACGAAAAGAUGAAGAUGGUUUCUUAUAUAUAACAUAUUCUGGGGAAAAUACUUUUGGUCUUCUCGAAGAUUAA